AUGAAACUACUGAAGAAAUUCUUAAUUUUGACGACCGCGGUUGUUUUCACCACUGGUCAGAGUGUCGACGAGUGUCUAAAACAAGAUAGCAUAUCCUGUGUACAGAAGACUCUGUAUAGGACCGCCAAAGAAUUCUUUGCCAAGGAUAAGCUAGAGCUUAUAAACGGAAUUAGUAUCGUGAAGAGUAACGUCAAUGCCAGGUCUGGCAAGGAACUUGUUUAUGAUCAAGAGAUGGAUACCGCUAAUGAUAUCGCGGAAAGACAAAAUUCCCUCGAGAACUUCAUUAGCGAUGAAGCUGGGCAGUUCUUGACAAGUCGCAGUCUCCGGAUAAAUCUUGCAUCUGCUUUUGAGAAAAUCCAAGAAUCAGCUCGUGCCUUCAGUGAAUCUGCUCCGCCAGAAAUUCGUCAGGCUGUCAACGAAAUUGUUGAAGCACGAGGCAAGAAAAAAGGAUCUAAGAAAGGAAUUAUGCCGCUUUUGAUCGCCGCAAAAAUAAAGCUUGGUAUUUUGGGUGUUCUCUCAUAUUUUGUCAUUGGAUUCUUAGCGAAAAAGGCGAUCCAAGCGUCUAUCAUUUCCCUCCUCAUCUCUGCCUUCGUUGCUAUGAGAACAUUCUGGUCAGGCAAAAGCCACCACCAGGACGUCACUCCUUACAAUGGUGGCUGGAGCGGUGGAUGGUCAGGUCCCGUUAGCGGUGGAUGGUCAAAUCCCGUCAGCAACGGGUGGUCCAGUUCCGGAUUAUCUGGUGGAUGGGCCAAUGGUGCUUCUCCCGGUUGGGAAGAUUCUCAUUACGCACACGGCCAAGCAUAUUCUGGAUAUCAUCAGCACUAA